AAGCAUCUGGGCUGAAUGGAAUUUAGCAUCAAAAGUCCUCUUUCUGUUCAGAAAGUUGUAAAGUGCGUAAAGAUGAAGCAGGCACCAGAAAUCCUUGGCAAUACAAAUGGAAAGACUCAGAACUGUGAAGUGAAUCGUGAAUGUUCUGUAUUCCUCAGCAAAGCCCACCUCUCUACCAGUCUGCAGGAGGGGGUCAUGCAAAAAUUUAAUGGCCAUGAUGCACUUCCAUUUAUUCCAUCUGAGAAGCUGAAAGACCUAACUUCCCGUGUAUUUAAUGGAGAACCUGGUGCUCAUGAUGCCAAAUUACGUUUUGAGUCCCAAGAAGGGAAAGGACUCGGGACACCACCUAACACCACCCCUAUCAAAAAUGGCUCUCCGGAAAUUAAGCUGAAGAUCACCAAAACAUACAUGAAUGGGAAGCCUCUCUUUGAAUCUUCAAUUUGUGGUGACGGUGCUGCUGCUGUGUCCCAGUCAGAAGAAAAUGGACAAAAACCAGAAAAUAAGGCAAGAAGGAGCAGGAAGAGAAGCAUAAAAUAUGACUCCUUACUGGAGCAGGGUCUUGUUGAAGCAGCACUGGUGUCCAAGAUCUCAAGUCCCUCAGAUAAAAAGAUUGCAGCUAAGAAAGAGUCCUGUCCAAAUACUGGCAGAGACAAAGACCACCUGUUGAAAUAUAAUGUCGGUGAUUUGGUGUGGUCCAAAGUGUCCGGUUACCCUUGGUGGCCAUGCAUGGUUUCUGCUGAUCCACUUCUUCACAACUAUACCAAACUUAAAGGUCAGAAAAAGAGUGCACGCCAGUAUCACGUACAGUUCUUUGGUGAUGCCCCAGAAAGAGCUUGGAUAUUUGAGAAGAGCCUUGUAGCUUUUGAAGGAGAAGGACAGUUUGAAAAAUUAUGCCAGGAAAGUGCCAAGCAGGCACCCACGAAAGCUGAGAAAAUUAAGCUGUUGAAACCUAUUUCAGGGAAAUUGAGGGCCCAGUGGGAAAUGGGCAUCGUUCAAGCAGAGGAAGCUGCAAGCAUGUCAGUAGAGGAGCGGAAAGCUAAGUUCACUUUCCUCUACGUGGGGGACCAGCUUCAUCUCAACCCUCACGUAGCUAAGGAGGCAAGCAUUGCUAUGGAGUCUCCGGGACAAAUGGUAGAAUCCUCAGGAGUCAUUGAAGAAGCUGCUGAUAACCCCAAGUCCAUGAGAGAAGAGGGCAUUCCCCUUAAGAGAAGGCGGAGAGCCAAGCUGUCGAGUUCUGCCGAAAACCAAGAAAGUGACCCUGGGACAGUAAAGAGUACUCCUCAGAAGAUGGCAGAGGCCGACCCCAAGAGAGGAGUAGGGUCUCCUCCUGGAAGGAAGAAGACCACGGCCUCCGCUCCUCGAAGCAGGAAGGGAGAUGCGGCAUCCCAGUUUUUGGUUUUCUGUCAGAAGCACAGGGACGAGGUUGUUGCUGAGCACCCAGACGCCUCGGGUGAGGAGAUUGAAGAGCUCCUUGGAUCCCAGUGGGACAUGCUCAACGAGAAACAGAAAGCACGCUAUAACACAAAGUUUGCCCUAGUGGCCUCUUCCCAGUCUGAAGAAGACUCUGGUAACAUAAAUGGGAAAAAAAGAAACCACCCAAAGAGGACACAGGACCCUACUGAAGACGCCGAGGUUGAAGACGCACCCAGGAAAAGACUCAGGACCGACAAGCAUGGUCUUCGGAAGAGAGAGACGAUCAAUGACAAGACAGCCCGAACAAGCUCUUGCAAGGCAAUCGAGGCAGCCGCCUCGCUGAAGAGCCAGGCAGCAACGAAACAUCUGUCAGAUGCAUGCAAACCGCUGAAGAAGAGAAAUCGGGCGUCCGCAGCAGCGCCUUCCACUCCUUUUAGCAAAAGUUCGUCUCCUUCUGCAUCCUUAACUGAGAAUGAGGUCUCAGACGGCCCAGGAGACGAGCCCUUGGAAUCCCCCUAUGAGAGCGCAGAUGAAACUCAGACCGAAGUGUCCGUCUCAUCGAAGAAGUCUGAGCGAGGAGUAACCGCCAAAAAGGAGUACGUGUGUCAGCUGUGUGAGAAGACCGGCAGCCUCGUGCUCUGUGAAGGCCCCUGCUGCGGAGCCUUCCACCUCGCCUGCCUUGGGCUCUCCCGGAGGCCGGAAGGGAGGUUCACCUGCAGCGAAUGUGCUUCAGGGAUUCACUCAUGUUUUGUGUGUAAGGAGAGCAAGACAGACGUGAAGCGCUGUGUCGUAUCACAGUGUGGGAAGUUUUACCACGAAGCUUGCGUGAGGAAGUACCCUCUGACUGUGUUUGAGAGCCGAGGCUUCCGCUGCCCGCUCCACAGCUGCGUGAGCUGCCAUGCUUCCAACCCUUCCAACCCAAGACCAUCGAAAGGUAAAAUGAUGCGGUGUGUCCGCUGCCCUGUCGCCUAUCACGGAGGGGAUGCUUGUCUGGCAGCCGGCUGCUCAGUGAUAGCUUCCAACAGCAUCAUCUGCACGGGCCAUUUCACUGCUCGCAAGGGGAAGAGGCAUCAUGCUCAUGUCAAUGUGAGCUGGUGUUUUGUGUGCUCCAAAGGGGGAAGCCUCCUGUGCUGCGAGUCCUGCCCGGCCGCCUUCCACCCCGACUGCCUGAACAUCGACAUGCCCGACGGCAGCUGGUUCUGCAAUGACUGCCGGGCCGGGAAGAAGCUGCAUUUCCAGGACAUCAUCUGGGUGAAGCUCGGGAACUACAGAUGGUGGCCGGCAGAAGUUUGCCAUCCCAAAAAUGUCCCCCCAAAUAUUCAGAAACUGAAGCACGAGAUUGGAGAAUUCCCUGUGUUUUUCUUUGGGUCUAAAGAUUAUUACUGGACGCAUCAGGCGCGAGUGUUCCCGUACAUGGAGGGGGACCGGGGCAGCCGUUACCAGGGGGUCAGAGGGAUCGGAAGAGUCUUCAAAAACGCACUGCAGGAAGCUGAAGCUCGUUUUCGUGAAAUCAAACUUCAGAGGGAAGCCAGAGAAACGCAGGAGAAUGAGCGCAAGCCCCCGCCAUACAAGCACAUCAAGGUGAAUAAGCCUUAUGGGAAAGUCCAGAUCUAUACAGCUGAUAUUUCUGAAAUCCCGAAGUGCAACUGUAAGCCCACAGAUGAGAAUCCCUGUGGCUUUGACUCGGAGUGCUUGAACAGGAUGCUGAUGUUUGAGUGCCACCCGCAGGUGUGUCCUGCAGGCGAGUACUGCCAGAACCAGUGUUUCACCAAGCGCCAGUACCCCGAGACCAAGAUCAUCAAGACAGAUGGCAAAGGAUGGGGCCUGGUUGCCAAGCGGGACAUUAGAAAGGGAGAAUUUGUGAACGAGUACGUUGGCGAGCUGAUUGACGAGGAGGAGUGCAUGGCAAGAAUCAAAUACGCGCACGAGAACGACAUCACCCACUUCUACAUGCUCACCAUAGACAAGGACCGUAUAAUAGAUGCUGGCCCCAAAGGAAACUAUUCCCGAUUUAUGAACCACAGCUGCCAGCCCAACUGUGAGACCCUCAAGUGGACAGUGAAUGGUGACACUCGCGUGGGCCUGUUUGCAGUGUGUGACAUUCCUGCAGGGACAGAGCUGACCUUCAACUACAACCUCGAUUGUUUGGGUAACGAGAAAACAGUCUGUCGGUGUGGGGCCUCCAACUGCAGCGGGUUCCUCGGGGACAGACCGAAGACCUCAACAUCCCUUUCUUCAGAGGAAAAGGGCAAAAAGACGAAGAAAAGAACCAGGAGGCGGAGAACCAGAGGUGAAGGGAAGAAGGAGUCCGAGGACGAGUGUUUCCGCUGUGGAGACGGCGGCCAGCUGGUGCUCUGUGACCGCAAGUCCUGCACCAAGGCCUACCACCUGUCGUGCCUAGGCCUGGGCAAGCGGCCCUUCGGAAAGUGGGAAUGUCCUUGGCAUCAUUGUGACGUGUGCGGCAAACCUUCCACUGUGUUUUGCCACUUUUGCCCCAAUUCGUUUUGCAAGGAACACCAAGACGGGACAGCCUUCAGCUCCACCCAGGACGGGCGGUCAUACUGCUAUGAGCACGACUUGGGGGCAGAGUCAGCUCGAAGCGCCAAGACUGAGAAACCCUUCCCGGAACCCACCAAGUCCAAGGGGAAAAGGAAGAAAAGGAGGUGCUGGCGGAGGGUCAUGGAAGGAAAAUAGCGCCAGGCAGCGGCUUGGCCAGAUCCAGGGGUAGAGGGCCACGGGGGACUGGCCCGGAGGACCCAGCUCGAAGCCGCUACAGCAGCCGUGUAGGCCUCCUGGGGGGGGAGCGCCUGCCCACCACUGAGCCGUCCUCAGCAGCGCCCGCUGCGUCUGCACUGAUGACCGUCUGAGCCACGAGGUUCAGAAGGUUCCCGGACAAACAAGUCUUACUACACAGCAUUACAGCUACACUUGAAUUUCUGAGAAUGCCAAGGUCCCCUCCCACUCUAUUUUUGUAGGUUAAAGUUAUAAUUGAAAAUUAAUUGGCAUAUGAAAUGUUUUUAUCUCACCCGAAAUGUAGAGAGUAGUAUUUUUCUAAAGGAUCGCUAUUAUCUCUUUAAUCUUAACAAUGUUACUCGGCCUGCUUACCUGUCUUCACCACUCAGGAGAGACCAGGGUGGGGCCUGGGCAAGGACUCAGACCCUGGAUUCCCUGGAAACCGUGAUUUCGAUCAUUAUUUUGCUCUUAUGAAACAGCUGUAUGAUUUUUUUUUUUUUUUUUUUGUACUAAUGUGAAAUUUUCCCUCAGAAUGCUUCUUUUCCAUCCUAGCGAGAAGCCGCCCCCGGAGCGGGCAGUAGUGAUAGCGUUGUUGUCAGAUGCCCCCGUAGUUAGUGUUGUCCCGGAUCUGGACUGAGUGGCGCCACGUCGGCCGCCCACGUGCGGGGUCCGCGCAGCCCGGCCUCUCCCGACAGGCGGGUCUGGCGCGUCUCACCUGGGCCUGGCUCCUGAACACCCUAGGUUCUUACCAACGUUUGGGGGAAGACUUUGUAUAUUUUUUUUGUUUGGCUUUUCUUUACCAGUUUCUGGCUUUUAUUCUCAAUAUAUUUUUGCUAAACUUGUUUCACAAAUUACCACCGACUGAAAUGUGUAUUUACUGAUGCGGCCCCGAGCUGUCCCAGCGAAAGGAGCAGAACUCGGUAGGGGUGUGGCCCCGUGGCGAGUUUGUGUAAAGUGAUGAGUUCAUGAAAAUGGCUUUGUAGGAGCUGUGCUCUGCCCUGUGGUGACAGUCCGGGAGCAGGGCAAGUGCUCCCCACCCUGGGGACCCAGAGCACGUGGGAGACGUACAUUUCCGAAAAAAUGUUCUUUCGGGGUCUGAGGAGAGACGCACAGUUUAGAACUCUUCCACCUAGUCACUGCCGUUGAGUCACACUUGUGGGUCUGUUUGUGGAAAACGUGCUCAGCCGGGACACCGCGGAGAAGCAGGAGCAGGGGCUCCGGGCCUGCACCGCCUGCGCACCAGGGGGCGGGCGUCUGCCGAGCUUCCCCGGGAGACGGCCACUUUCACUUAUUAGAAGGCCCAGCCCCACAAAGUGAGAAGCUGCUGGGAAUCCGAAGUUGUCUUCUCUUCCGAAGUUCCUCUUGACCGUGGGGAGUCUGGAGCGCCCCAAGGGCGGGGGUCCUGCCAGGCACCCGCGUGCCCUCCGUGGGGCCUGCGGUCUCCGUGUUUGCGAUGGGAGGGAAGGGAAUACUCAGCAGCAGAUGCUUUUUUUCUGGCUUUCUUCUUAAGAUAACCUAAGGAGGACAUGUAUCCUGCAGAGACGCAUACACAGCCCUUCUUGAAAACUGCUCCUGAGGUCUCCUGCUCCUUCCUUUCAUCGUUUCUGCCUCACACAGCUGCAGGAUGUCCUUGGACCCAGACCCGUGUUCACUGCUUCUCCGUGGGUCUGUGACACGAGCUCUUGGGGGCGGUGGUCUCUGCCGGGCUCUGCCCACGGGGAAGAGUCUGCUCCCAGUGUGAAGUUCCCUGGCGUCUGCAGGUCCGCACACUCAGCACUGAGACCAGAGUUUACCGACUGUGGCCGUCCCUUUGGCGCCUCUCCUACCGCCGUCCUGGAGAAAGGAGCCAUACACGGCGACCCAGGAGACUCGGGAGCUUGGUGAUCAUUUGACUCCUGCAUGGGGCUCAGGUGACUUCUGGAAAUGCACUUGCUUUGGUAAGACAUGGGGACUGAGGGGGUUUUCAGUUUAGAACUCUAAUUUCUCUCAAAUCGUCCUAAGAAAAUACUGGAUUGAUUUCUAGAUUCGUGCUCCUUAUUCCCAGAACAACUUCGAAGGUUGUUCCGGCGACGGGCCCGGCAGCGCUCGUACGCCUGUGUGCCCUGGGCCAGGGCCCGACGCCGUGGGGGGGCCCUGCAGUUGCGCGGGGCUCCGCUCUUCAGAGCCCGGGGCUUGGGGCGCGGGCCCCGUGCCUUGCUUGUCCUUUUCCGCCAGCAAAGGGACUUCUGCAGAAGUCAGACCAUCAGACUGGGCUUGCAGUGCACUUUGGGGAGCAGAUUAACUUAUUUUUGUAUUUGACGUGGUAAAAUCUUGUGAUUUUUGAGUCACGUUGAUAUUUUCAAAUUCUUCUACGAUCUUUCUGAAGGAAAUACUGGAAAACUUAUUUCAGAUAUGGUUAUCCUCUUUCCAAAAACUGUUGAACUAAUGAGCAAAUAACACUAACUUUGAAAGUCUCUAGAAAACUGGUUUAUGACUCUGAGUAUAACAAGGCUGCGGCACGGCAGCUGAGCGCCGAGGGCUUUCCUGCGGGGGCCGACGCGCUUUGCUUAGUCUGAGGGAGAGCUCGUUUGGGGGAUUCGGUCUUUCUGAACGUCAGCUUUAGUCCUUUGUCAUGAACACGAAGCAGAAACAAAACGAAAAUUGCCCCACUGUCUCUGGAUUCCUCAGCAUCAGGAAUGGCCGGCACCCCAGCAGCGGCGGGUGAGGUCGCACCUGCCAGCACCGGUCUCCAGGUGUGGGGCCCGGGGACGUGUCCACCCUGUCACUCAUGACAUGCGACCACUAUGGGGAAUCGAGUGUGGCGCCCACGGCAUGCGGGGAGACUCCGUUUGCCCCGUCCCGCAAGGAACCGUGUGCGACACCCCACCUCCCGGGCCUCCCACACGCUCAGGUCCGCACUUCUGACGCCUUUCAAGUUCUGAUCCCGACAUACAAACCACAGGGUGUGUAGUGCCCACCUUCCAGAACUACCGUAUUUCCAGGAAUUAAAGAUAAGCCUGUUUUGAUGAAAAUUAACACAAACGACUGUUGCCAAAUUCUCGAUCCUCCGAGCAGCAUAGUGUUGGGUGUUAGUCACUAGAGUGAAUUGCUGUCACCGGUGUCAUGGUGUCCGCCGUACCCUGUUGAGAUGUGAAAUGCCCUGUCAGAAAUUAAAUAUGAACUGAAAUGUGCCUCUCGGUGUCGGAGCCUCAUACAGGAUGAGGUCAGGCUCCUUUUAGGAACACUCGGUGCUCUCACCGGUCUGGACAGACUUAAAAACUUGAAAUUCCUUCUGGGGGGUAACAGACUGAACUGUAGAGUGAGAACUGCCAGUCAGGGGAAAAUAGCAUUUAAAGUGGGACGUUGUGUUUGGAAAACUGUAUAUGAGUAUUUUUGUAUUAAAAUUUUUUUAAAGGC